UCAGGUACACAAAGGUAUAGGAAGAAAUCUGCAGCUAUGUAUUUUUGUAGUGACUGCAAGCUUCUGUGAGAUCUCUGGAUGCUGAAUGUGUUCCUGGCUCUGGUCACAGAUUUCCUUCCAAUCACUGGAACAUUUGCAGUAAGGGCUGGCUAAAGGUGCCCGAGGAAAUCACCUUUUACAAGGGAGCAUUGUUGUAAAGGAUUUUUAAUGCAUUAUGGCUCACGCAGCAUCACAGUUAAAGAAAACCAGGGAUUUAGAAAUUAAUGCUGAUGAAGAAACUGAGAAAAAAAGAAAACACAGGAAAAGAUCCCGGGAUCGGAAGAAAAAGUCUGACACAAAUGCAAGUUACCUGAGAGCGGCUCGAGCUGGCAACUUGGAAAAGGCUCUUGACUACUUAAAAAGUGGAGUGGACAUCAACAUUUCAAAUCAGAAUGGGUUGAAUGCUCUCCACCUUGCUUCCAAAGAAGGGCAUGUAGAAGUUGUCUCUGAACUGAUACAGCGAGGUGCCAGUGUGGAUGCAGCGACAAAGAAAGGAAACACAGCAUUGCACAUAGCAUCCCUUGCUGGACAAGCAGAAGUAGUCAAAGUGUUGGUUACAAAUCGGGCCAAUGUCAAUGCACAGUCUCAGAAUGGUUUCACUCCACUGUAUAUGGCAGCACAAGAAAACCACCUGGAGGUUGUUAAGUUUCUUCUUGACAAUGGUGCCAGUCAAAGCCUUGCCACAGAGGAUGGUUUCACGCCUUUGGCAGUAGCUUUGCAGCAAGGUCACGACCAGGUGGUUUCACUGCUGCUUGAAAAUGAUACGAAGGGAAAAGUCCGUCUGCCUGCCCUUCACAUCGCUGCCCGCAAGGAUGAUACGAAGGCAGCGGCUCUGCUCCUGCAGAACGACCACAAUGCUGAUGUGGAGUCAAAGAGUGGGUUCACUCCCCUCCACAUAGCUGCUCACUAUGGAAAUAUCAACGUAGCUACAUUGCUGUUAAAUCGGGGUGCUGCUGUGGACUUCACUGCAAGGAAUGAUAUCACGCCAUUACAUGUUGCAUCGAAGAGGGGAAAUGCAAAUAUGGUCAAACUCCUGCUUGAUCGAGGAGCGAAAAUUGAUGCCAAAACAAGGGACGGGUUGACCCCCCUCCACUGUGGAGCAAGAAGUGGCCAUGAACAAGUUGUAGAAAUGCUGCUGGAUCGUGGUGCCCCUAUUCUUUCCAAAACCAAGAACGGUUUGUCUCCGUUGCACAUGGCAACACAAGGAGAUCAUCUAAACUGUGUUCAGCUUUUGAUUCAGCACAACGUGCCUGUAGACGACGUCACUAAUGACUAUCUGACUGCGCUGCAUGUUGCCGCCCACUGUGGCCACUACAAAGUUGCCAAGGUUCUCUUGGACAAGAAGGCUAAUCCUAAUGCCAAAGCACUGAACGGUUUCACACCUCUUCACAUUGCCUGCAAGAAGAACAGAAUAAAAGUAAUGGAACUUCUUCUGAAGCACGGUGCAUCAAUUCAAGCUGUGACUGAAUCGGGCCUAACUCCAAUCCACGUUGCUGCCUUCAUGGGACAUGUAAAUAUUGUAUCGCAGCUAAUGCAUCAUGGAGCAUCACCCAACACUACCAAUGUGAGAGGAGAAACGGCACUGCACAUGGCUGCCAGAGCUGGCCAAACAGAGGUCGUUCGAUUCCUGGUACAAAAUGGAGCUCAGGUGGAGGCUAAAGCUAAGGAUGACCAAACGCCGCUGCACAUUUCUGCUCGACUGGGAAAAGCAGAUAUAGUACAGCAGCUGCUACAGCAAGGAGCAUCUCCAAAUGCAGCUACGACGUCUGGCUAUACGCCCCUGCAUCUUUCUGCUCGAGAAGGACACGAAGAUGUAGCUUCUGUUCUUCUGGAUCAUGGUGCAUCUUUAUCUAUCAUUACCAAGAAAGGAUUUACUCCUCUACAUGUGGCUGCAAAAUAUGGGAAAAUUGAGGUAGCCAACCUCCUGCUUCAGAAGAAUGCAUCUCCUGAUGCUUCGGGAAAGAGCGGUUUAACACCACUGCAUGUAGCUGCACACUACGAUAACCAGAAAGUGGCACUCCUACUGUUGGACCAGGGAGCUUCACCUCACGCAUCUGCGAAGAACGGCUAUACGCCACUGCACAUAGCUGCCAAGAAAAACCAGAUGGACAUAGCAACUACACUGCUGGAAUAUGGUGCUGAUGCCAAUGCUGUAACCAGGCAGGGCAUUGCCCCUGUACAUCUCGCCUCUCAGGAUGGCCACGUGGACAUGGUGUCAUUGCUUCUUACUAGAAAUGCUAACGUAAAUCUCAGCAACAAGAGCGGACUGACGCCACUCCACCUGGCUGCUCAGGAGGACAGAGUCAAUGUAGCAGAGGUUCUUGUUAACCAAGGAGCUGCUGUUGAUGCACAGACGAAGAUGGGAUACACUCCUUUGCAUGUUGGCUGCCACUACGGAAACAUAAAAAUUGUUAACUUCCUUCUGCAACACUCUGCAAAAGUUAAUGCCAAAACGAAGAACGGGUACACGCCGCUGCACCAGGCUGCGCAGCAGGGGCACACCCACAUCAUCAACGUCCUGCUCCAGCACGGUGCGGCGCCCAACGAGCUCACUGUGAAUGGAAACACUGCCCUCGCCAUUGCUAAGCGACUUGGCUACAUUUCAGUCGUUGACACAUUGAAGGUGGUGACAGAAGAGACCAUGACUACAAUUACUGUUACAGAAAAGCACAAAAUGAAUGUACCCGAAACCAUGAAUGAAGUUCUUGAUAUGUCUGAUGAUGAAGUUCGUAAAGCCAAUGCCCCUGAAAUACUCAGUGAUGCUGAAUAUUUAUCAGAUGUUGAAGAAGGUGAGGAUGCAAUGACGGGUGAUACGGACAAAUACCUCGGGCCCCAGGACCUGAAAGAGUUGGGGGAUGAUUCUUUGCCUGCUGAAGGAUACAUGGGCUUUAGCCUGGGAGCCCGCUCGGCCAGCCUCCGCUCCUUCAGUUCGGAUAGGUCCUACACGCUGAACAGAAGUUCUUAUGCCCGGGACAGCAUGAUGAUUGAAGAACUACUGGUACCAGCAAAGGAUCAGCACCUGACGUUUCAAAGGGAGUUUGACUCUGAUUCUCUCAGACACUAUAGCUGGGCUGCAGACACCUUGGACAAUGUUAACCUUGUUUCAAGUCCCAUCCAUUCUGGUUUCCUGGUUAGUUUUAUGGUUGAUGCACGUGGGGGUUCGAUGAGGGGUAGUCGCCAUCAUGGAAUGAGAAUAAUUAUCCCACCGCGCAAGUGUACAGCACCAACCCGCAUCACCUGCCGCUUGGUAAAGAGGCAUAAACUGGCCAGCCCACCACCAAUGGUUGAAGGAGAAGGAUUAACAAGUAGACUUGUAGAAAUGGGGCCAGCGGGGGCACAAUUUUUAGGCCCCGUCAUAGUGGAAAUCCCCCAUUUUGGAUCAAUGCGAGGAAAGGAAAGAGAACUAAUUGUGCUUCGGAGUGAAAAUGGUGAAACAUGGAAGGAGCACCAGUAUGACAGCAAACAUGAAGACUUAACCGAAAUACUCAAUGGCAUGGAUGAAGAGCUGGACAGCGUUGAGGAGCUAGAGAAGAAGCGUAUCUGCAGGAUCGUCACAAAGGAUUUCCCUCAGUACUUUGCGGUGGUUUCGCGAAUCAAGCAGGAGAGUAAUCAAAUCGGCCCGGAGGGCGGGGUGCUGAGCAGCACGACGGUGCCACGCGUCCAGGCGUCCUUCCCCGAGGGUGCUCUAACCAAAAGAAUCCGCGUGGGGCUCCAGGCUCAACCAGUUCCAGAGGAGAUUGUCAAAAAAAUCCUUGGAAACAAAGCAACUUUCAGUCCCAUUGUCACUGUGGAGCCAAGAAGAAGAAAAUUUCAUAAGCCAAUAACCAUGACAAUUCCUGUGCCGCCUCCGUCGGGAGAAGGUGUAACCAACGGGUACAAAGGAGACACGACACCCAGCCUUCGACUUUUAUGUAGCAUUACAGGAGGCACUUCACCUGCGCAGUGGGAGGAUAUCACGGGCACGACUCCGCUGACGUUUUCCAAUGACUGUGUCUCAUUCACAACCAAUGUUUCAGCCAGAUUUUGGCUUGCAGACUGCCAUCAAGUACUAGAGACCGUUGGGCUGGCAACACAGCUUUAUAGAGAAUUAAUAUGUGUUCCUUAUAUGGCAAAGUUUGUGAUAUUUGCCAAAAUGAAUGACCCUGUGGAAUCUAAUUUGCGUUGCUUCUGCAUGACUGAUGACAAAGUGGACAAAACUUUGGAGCAACAAGAGAACUUUGAAGAAGUUGCAAGAAGCAAAGACAUUGAGGUUCUGGAAGGAAAACCUAUUUACGUUGAUUGCUAUGGAAAUCUGGCCCCUUUGACUAAAGGAGGACAGCAGCUUGUUUUUAAUUUUUAUGCUUUCAAAGAAAAUAGACUGCCAUUCUCUAUCAAGGUUAGAGACACCAGCCAGGAACCCUGUGGUCGAUUAUCGUUUUUGAAAGAACCAAAGACUACAAAAGGACUGCCACAAACAGCUGUUUGCAACUUGAAUAUCACUCUGCCAGCACACAAAAAGACGGAGAAGGCUGACCGGCGCCAGAACUUUGUCUCCCUUGCUUUACGUAAGCGCUACAGCUAUCUGACUGAGCCUGGAAUGAAAACAGUUGAACGGAGUGCAGGAGCAACAAGAUCCCUACCUGCUACUUACUCAUACAAGCCAUUCUUUUCAACACGGCCAUAUCAGUCAUGGACAACAGCUCCAAUUACAGUGCCUGGGCAAACCAAAUCAGGCUUUACUUCCUUAUCAAGCUCUUCCUCUAACACUCCUACAGCUUCCCCAUUAAAAUCAAUAUGGUCUGUUUCUUCUGCUUCUCCAAUCAAAUCCACAUUAGGAGCUUCUACCACAUCUUCAGUUAAAUCUGUUAGUGAUGUAGCAUCUCCAAUUAGAUCAUUUCGGACAAUCUCUUCACCAAUAAAAACUGUGGUGUCGCAGCCUCCGUACAAUAUACAGGUUACUUCAGGCUCUUUCGUCAGAGCUCCUGCAGUCACAGAAGCUGCUAGCCUAAAAGGGCUGGCAUCCACUACCACAUUCCCCUCUCGGACAUCUCCAGUGACUACAGCAGGAUCUCUCUUGGAGAGAUCAUCCAUAACCAUGACACCUCCAGCAUCCCCCAAAUCCAACAUUAACAUGUACUCUUCAAGUUUGCCACUUAAAUCAGUCAUCACAUCAGCAUCUUCACUUUUAUCGUCCCCUCUCAAGUCAGUGGUGUCACCUGCUAAGUCAGCAGUUGAUGCUGUUUCAUCCUCUAAAGUCAUGAUGGCCUCGUCUCUCUCGUCGCCAGCAAAACAUGUAGCUGGGCACACAGAUGUACCGUUGCUUAAUGGAUCUGUGUCACCUCUGAAAUACCCAUCUUCUGCCAACUUAAUAAAUGGAUCCAAAGCUGCAGCUGUGUUUCAAGACAAGAUCGCUGCAGCUGCACAUUCUGCAAGUUGUGCUGCUAACGCAGUUGCUGACACAGCUGAGAGAGUGUUUUCAACAGCUACAACAAUGUCAUUUUCUCCACUCAGGUCAUUUGUGUCCUCAGCACCAUCAGCUUUCCAGUCAAUGAGAACUCCUCCUGCAGGUGCUUUGUACACAGCCUUUGGGUCAAUAUCUGCAACUACCUCAUCAGUAACUUCAUCAACAAUAACAGUGCCGGUAUAUUCUGUAGUCAAUGUUUUGUCUGAACCAGCAUUAAAGAAGCUCCCAGAAUCGUCUUCACUUACAAAAUCAGCUGCUGCGUUACUGUCACCUAUUAAAACAUUGACUACAGAGGCACACACACAGCCUCCCUUUAAUCGAACUUCAUCUCCGAUAAAAUCAUCCUUGUUUUUAGCACCCUCUGCUCUCAAAUUAUCCACACCAUCUUCUUUAUCCUCCAGUCAGGAGAUACUGAAAGAUGUUGCUGAAAUGAAAGAGGAUCUAAUAAGAAUGACUGCAAUAUUGCAGACAGAUGUCGCAGAGGACAAACCGUUCCAACCUGAGAUACCAAAAGAGGGUAGAAUUGAUGAUGAAGAGCCCUUUAAAAUUGUCGAGAAAGUAAAAGAGGACUUAGUAAAAGUUAGUGAGAUUCUCAAAAAAGAUGUGUGUUUAGAAAGUAAAGGGUCGGCUAAAGUAUCCAAAAGUGAUCAAGGACACCUGUCUGAGGAUGACUGGGUAGAGUUCAGUACAGAGGAGAUUGAUGAAGCGAGACAGCAAGCUUUGACAAGUCCUCCUAUAUCUGUUCCAGAGAAGGUCCAAAUUAAAACUAAAACCAUGUCGGAAAAGGAUUAUAGCUUGUCAAAAGUUAUUGAUUACUUAGCAAAUGAUAUCGGUAGCAGUUCAUUAACAAACAUAAAGUACAAGUUUGAAGAGGGGAAAAAAGAAGGUGAAGAGAGACAAAAACGCAUUUUAAAACCAGCCAUUGCUUUGCAGGAACAUAAACUUAAAAUGCCUCCAGCCUCCAUGAGGCCUUCAACAUCAGAAAAGGAGUUAUGUAAAAUUGCAGAUUCCUUUUUUGGAACAGAUACUAUUUUAGAGUCUCCAGAUGACUUUUCUCAACAUGAUCAAGAUAAAAGUCCCUUAUCUGACAGUGGCUUUGAAACAAGGAGUGAAAAGACACCUUCUGCCCCACAAAGUGCUGAAAGCACAGGGCCAAAACCACUUUUCCACGAUGUACCCAUUCCUCCGGUCAUUACAGAAACAAGAACUGAAGUAGUUCAUGUUAUCCGCAGCUAUGAGCCAUCAUCCGAAGAAGUUCCAGAGCAGAAAGCAGAGGAGCUACCGGCUUCGAAACCUACCCCUACGUUUAUGGAGGUGGAGCAAAAACCUUCUGGAUCUAUUAAAGAGAAGGUUAAAGCUUUUCAAAUGAAAGCCAGCAGUAGUGAAGAUGACGACCAUAAGUGUGUCCUUAGUAAAGGUGUCCGAGUAAAAGAAGAAACUCAUAUCACUACGACAACCAGGAUGGUUUAUCAUAAACCUCCAUGCACUGAAAGCACGUCUGAAAGAAUUGAGGAAACAAUGUCUGUUCAUGACAUAAUGAAAGCCUUUCAGUCUGGACGUGACCCUUCCAAAGAACUGGCAGGUCUGUUUGAACAUAAAUCAUCAGUAACAUCCGAUGUUAGCAAGUCUGCUGAAACUUCACCACAACAUGCAGAGAAGGACAGCAAAAUGAAACCCAAACUGGAGCGAAUAAUAGAGGUCCAUAUUGAAAAAGGUAAUCAGGCUGAACCUACUGAAGUCAUUAUUAGAGAAACAAAAAAGCAUCCAGAAAAAGAAAUGUAUGUGUAUCAGAAAGACUUACCUCGGGGAGAUAUUAACUUAAAAGAGUUGGAAAGACAUGAUGCUUUUCCUUGUUCAGACGAACAAGGUCAGCAAGAAGAAGAGGAGCUCACGGCCGAAGAGUCACUUCCUUCUUAUCUGGAAUCCUCUAGAGUUAACACUCCUGUGUCCCAGGAAGAAGACAGUCGCCCUAGUUCUGCUCAACUCAUGUCUGAUGACUCUUACAAAACACUGAAGCUUUUGAGUCAGCACUCAAUAGAAUACCAUGAUGAUGAGUUGUCAGAACUAAGAGGGGAGUCUUACAGGUUUGCUGAGAAAAUGCUUCUUUCAGAAAAGCUAGAUGUGUCUCAUUCUGAUACUGAGGAGUCAGUUACUGACCAUGCUCUACCCCCUAGUGCAGAGUUACAGGGGUCUGAUAAACGAUGCAGAGAAAAAGUAGCUACUGCCCCCAGAAAAGAGAUUCUCUCCAAAAUCUAUAAAGAUGUAUCUGAAAAUGGUGUAGGUAAAAUGUCUAAAGAUGAUCAUUAUGAUAAAGUGACAGUGUUACACUACACUGGAGAUGUUAGUAGUCCAAAACAUGCGAUGUGGAUGCGCUUUACUGAGGACAGAUUAGACAGAGGUAGAGAAAAGUUGAUAUACGAAGACAGGGUGGACAGGACUGUUAAAGAGGCAGAAGAAAAACUGACUGAAGUAUCACAGUUUUUUCGGGAUAAAACAGAGAAGUUGAACGAUGAGCUACAGUCUCCGGAGAAAAAGCAGCAUAAAAAAAAUGGCAAAGAAAUACAUUCUAGCCAGAGCUCUGCCAGCAGCAGCCCUGAGAAAGUUCUGCUCUCUGAAUUGCCAUCGUCCCAUGAUGAAUGGAGUAAGGUGAAGCAGUAUGCACAUGAUGGGAAAUACUUUCCCAAGGUGGAUGAAAGAAAAGCGUCCAGUUUGCCCAGCAGUCCUGAAAAAAGGAUAUUUGUGCAACCUGCAGAGGACUCUAAACAAACUAUGGAACACAAAGGAAGUGCUCAGCAGACUGGAGUACCUGAGGUUUCACAGACUGGAUUUCAGCUGAAGCAAUCAAAGCUCAGUUCCAUUAGGCUUAAAUUCGAACAAAGUAUAAGUCCAAGGAGUAAGGACAUAACUCAAGAAGAAAAAAAGCUGGAUGGCCAGUCCAAAAUUCCAGUAAAGAAAUUGCAAGAAAGUAAGUUACCAGUGUAUCAGUUUCAUUCCAGAGAGAAACAUGCAAAGCAAGUAGAGGUCAUUGAUGGGAGCGCAGCUUUACAGAAAGAGGUGAAAAUACAGGAAGAUUUUGUUCCAGGUAAAGGGAAAGCCGUUGAAGACUUUCGUGCUUCAGACACACAAAAACAAAGAACUGAGAUGAGUAAAGUCGUGCCAGAAUACUUUUCAGAACCACAGGUAAAAGACCUGGCGUAUGGCUCAGACUCGACAACGAAGGGACACUGGGACAAAAAAAUCUAUAGGACGUGGGAAAGUCCUGGAACUUCUAAUCAUAAAACACAAAAAGAAAAACUUUCACAUGUGCUGGUUCCAGAUACAGUAAAAGAAAACCACGUUGAUCAUGCUGAAGCUAAAACUGACAAAAAAAGUGAAUUUAUCACUGUGACAGAGCACAAACUGGCAGCGAACGGAAUUCAUUCAGAAGAAGUGAAGGAACUGACUGUGAAAUCUCCCUCAAAAAGGGUUUUAUACAGAGAAUUUGUUGUCAGGGAGGGGGAACGUAAUGGUGAAGUGGCUGAUAAAAUAUCCAAAAGGAAAGAAGAAAUUGGUGUGUCCCACAUUCCGGUCAGAAUUGUUGAGGAGAAGAGAACCACGCUUGAUGGAGUCUAUGAACUUUCAGCUAAAGUAUCCCAGUCAGCUGUGAUUAAGGAGAAAGUUGAGAGGCAGAUUGAUUAUAUGGAAGAUGAAAAAACAAAGCAUUCAGAGAUCAGAAAAGUUACCAAGCAGCAGAGCUCAAUAGGUCUAAGUCCUCCUGUUGAGGAAAUGGAGAUAUCCCCUAGCAAAUCGCCAGAUUCUUUAGAAUGUAGCCCAGGACAGGAGUUUCCUUCAAGUGAGUUAGUUGAGCCCGGUGCCAGUGAUUACUUGGAUAAAGUUGCACCACUAGUAAGCACUGAGGGAGUAAAAGAAAUUAAGACCUUACCUGUUUAUGUCAGUUUUGUUCAAGUAGGAAAGCAAUAUGAGAAAGAGGUACAACAAGGAAACAUUAAAAAAAUUGUCAGUCAGGAGAGUAAGACAGUACAGGAGACAAGGGGGACAUUUUACACAGCUAGACAGCAGAAACAACCUCCUUCUCCACAAGGUAGUCCAGAAGAUGACACACUAGAACAAGUGUCCUUUAUAGAUAGCUCUGGUAAAAGCCCUUUAACACCAGAAACACCGAGUUCAGAGGAAGUGAGUUACGAGUUUACGUCUAAAACACCCGACUCACUAAUAGCUUAUAUCCCAGGCAAGCCCAGUCCUAUACCUGAGGUAUCUGAGGAAUCAGAGGAGGAAGCAGAGGCUAAGUCAACAUCUGUAAAACAGGCAGAGGUUGAGGAACCACAGAUUGACAAAGCAUUACCUAAUCAUAUAAAUAAGGACUCUAACAAAAGACCCAAAGGUAACAGAGUUGCCUACAUUGAAUUCCCUCCUCCUCCACCACUGGAUGCAGAUCAAGGCGAGUCAGAAAAGAAGCCUCAUUAUUCCACUGAGAGUGAAAUGGAGAUGACGGAAGUGAACUUGCAAGAUGAACUUGACAAAUGCCAACUGGCUGAACCUGUCAUUAGAGUACAGCCGCCAUCUCCUGUGCCACCGGGAGCGGAUGUCAGUGACUCCAGUGAUGAUGAAUCUCUCUAUCAACCUGUUCCACUUAAAAAGUAUACAUUCAAACUGAAAGAACUGGAAGAUGACCAGAAAGAAAUCUCAAAACCCAGAGCCCCUGAAAAGAUUGAGAAACAGAAAGAGUUAGGACAUCCCACUUCUGGGAAACCUAAUGAGUUUGACAUUGGGCUUGAUUCACCUCAGAAUGAUGUAGUGCAAAAUGGGAAUAACAAUGACCAGUCUGUCACAGAGUGUUCCAUAGCAACCACUGCAGAAUUCUCCCAUGAUACCGAUGCGACAGAGAUUGACUCUCUUGAUGGUUAUGAUUUGCAAGAUGAAGAUGAUGGUUUAACUGAGAGUGAUUCUAAACUUGCAGGUCCGGCAGUUGAAACCAAAAAGGAUGUAUGGACUACAGAAGGCAUUCUAAAGCAGACUGAUCGCUGCUUUAGCCAGAGUAAGCUUGAAGUCAUUGAGGAGGAAGGCAAGGUAGGCCCUGAAGAAGACAAGACACCUUUGAAGGGUCCAGCUUCUGAAAAAGCCGGAGAUAAGAGUGAACAGAAGUCAGGGGCACAGUUUUUCACUUUGGAAGGCAGACACCCUGACAGGACUGUAUUUCCAGAUACGUAUUUCAGCUACAAAGUAGAUGAAGAAUUUGCAACACCUUUCAAAACGGUGGCCACCAAGAGUCUGGAUUUUGAUCCGUGGUCCAAUAACCGAGGUGACGAUGAAGUGUUUGAGACUAAAUCAAGGGAUGAUGAGGCUAAGCCAUUUGGUCUGGCAGUGGAAGACAGAUCUCAAGCAACUACACCUGAUACAACUCCAGCCAGAACUCCAACAGAUGAAAGUACGCCAACUAGCGAGCCCAACCCCUUCCCAUUUCAUGAAGGGAAGAUGUUUGAGAUGACUCGCAGUGGUGCAAUUGACAUGAGCAAGAGGGAUUUUGUUGAAGAAAGACUCCAAUUUUUUCAGAUUGGUCCACAGAGUCCAUGUGAACGGACAGAUAUAAGGAUGGCAAUUGUAGCCGAUCACCUAGGACUUAGCUGGACAGAACUGGCAAGAGAACUGAAUUUUUCUGUGGAUGAAAUAAAUCAAAUCCGAGUAGAAAACCCAAAUUCGCUUAUUGCUCAAAGCUUCAUGUUAUUAAAAAAAUGGGUUACCAGAGAUGGGAAAAACGCUACAACUGAUGCCUUAACCUCUGUAUUGACAAAAAUUAACCGAAUAGAUAUCGUGACCCUGUUGGAAGGACCAAUAUUUGAUUAUGGAAAUAUUUCAGGCACCAGAAGUUUUGCAGAUGAAAAUAACGUUUUUCAUGAUCCCAUUGAUGGUUACCCCACCAUUCAAGUGGAACUGGAAACUCCCACUGGGUUGCGCUUCGUGCCACCCACCCCUUUCCAUCAGGAUGAUUUCUUUAGCGACACCUCUAGCCUAGAGUCACCCCUUAGAACUCCCAGUAGACUGAGUGACGUGUUAGUGACCUCCCAGGGACAAGUAGAUGGUACAGCAGCAGCACCGCCAGUGGUGACUGAAGAAGACACUUCACUGGACGACAGCAAACUUGAUUUCUCAGUGCCUAGAGAAGGAACACCUAAAGAUAUUUCCGUAGGCGAGAGCCACUUGGAGGAAGUGGACCUUAAGGAUUUUCCACGGUAUCUUGGUAGUUAUGGCGGGAUAUCAAAAGAUGCUAAACAAAGGCAGAGUGAAGAGACUAGUAAAACAGGCAUAAGGACUGAACAGCCUGAGAGAGAAAAGUCUGGUACUGAUGAGGAGAUGACGGAAGAAAAGCAUAAAUUUCUGUUUGAGGACAUUCAUCUGGAAGAAGGAGCUGGGUCUGAGGAGAUGACGGAAGAAAGAAUAUGGUCAAUUCUUAAAGGUGUUCAACAAGCAGAACACGAAUUGUCUUCAAUUACAGGUUGGCAGCCUGACUCGUCAAGUGUCACCGAGCCACCGACAUCGGGACGCAGAAUAGGUGGUAGCCUGCUAGAUCGCUUGGAUGAUAGCUCGGACCAAUCUAGGGAUUCUGUUACCUCAUAUGUCAAAGGAGAAGCAGGGAAGCCAGAAACAAACGGAAGCCUAUCCGAAUCCACAGCAGAGGCGAAAACUAAAUCCUACAUCCAGGAAUCUUUAAAUGAUGUGGGAAAACAGAGUGACAAAGAAGCCCUGAAAACAAAGCCCCAGAUUUCAGCUGGUACUGAUGAGCAAAUGUUAUCAUCAACAGCAUAUCAGAAAUCUUUGGAAGAGACUAGCAAGCCAACAACAGAAGGCAACAAAACAUCUGUGCCUGUCAGUGUGAAGAAGAUGAGCUGGAGUACUUCUGAGGAUGGCAAGCCAAGAACAAGCAUCCAAGAGGAGGAGGGAGCAGUAAUGUCUGAACAGAAGGGUGAGGAAGCAAAAAACAUUCCCGGUGAAUCUGUAACAGAGGAACAGUUUACCGAUGAAGAAGGCAACGUCAUCACGAGAAAAAUCACCCGGAAGGUAGUAAGACGCAUUGUUAUCCCCCAUGAGAGGAAAGUUGGUGAAAUGCAGGGAGAAGCUUAUAAGGUUAAGACAAAGAAAGAAGUCAGACUUGUGGAGAAGAAAAGUUACUCAUGAAAGCCGACCACUGAACGGACUGUGUGCUUUUACUGCCAGUAUUCUAGAGGGACACUCAUGGAAGAAAAAUCAACAGGAAUUAAACAUUCACCUAUAAAAGUGUGUGUGUGUUUGCUGCUUCCACACAUUAACUGCAUGGUUUUUAUGCAAAAGCAAAAACAAAAAAAAAAAAACCAAACAAAAAAAUUAAUUUAGCAUGAGCCAAUUUACAGAGCAUGGAAAUUCACAUUCACAGGAUUGGAGGGUGCGCAGUAACCAAUGCCGUGUAUAUACAAGAUGCCAUGCUGUUAACAGCUUCUUUCAAGCAGUUUGAUGUCAUCUCAAAAGAAAUAAAUUCCUGUGGCCAGAGGGAAUGUACGGAGACGAAAUGGUUAAACCAUGGAAAGACACUAAAAUUACUAAAAUCCACAACAGCUCGCCUUAUUUUUCUUGGACCCAAACUGUCAGGGUAUAAAACACUAUUUGUUUCUUUUUUAAACAUCAAUAGUUUUGCUGUAAAUAAAUAACACUGUAUAAAUUCUAACAAAAUAGAAUAAAUGUUGAUAAGGCACUGCCUUUUCGAUCACAAACAGAAUAUUGCAAAUGCAUUGAGCAGGCUAGGUGUCUCAAAUGGCUGCACCUACAGGGAUAUUCUGGGUGUAUCUUCACAGAUUCUUGUAUAUUAGCAAUUAUAAUGUUUGUAUAUGCAAAAACGCUAGCUUGAUUUUAAAAAAAUCUUUAAAAUCUGCUGCAAAUUUAAAUGAUUCCCAAAAUGAGGAAUUCUGUAGUUCUGUGAAAAUUUUUCUUCAGAGUACUAAUAUUUUGAUGCAUGUGUUUCACCUUAUUUUGAUUAAAUCUUUUCCAGUUUUGCAAACACUAUACCGCAACAUGAAAAAUAAGAUUUUAUCUGUAAACACAAAGCCCUUCAUCUAAUAUUUGUUGCUGUUGCCAAUUUUUCAAUGAAAUGACCUGAAACCCAUAACAUAUACAGUAGUUGCAUUAUGGGGAGGGGGGUGCUAUCUGUUCUCGCUUUAUAAUGGGGGUAAUGCUUGCAGCUUUAGAAGUGGGUUGGUGCUCUAAGGAGCACAAGUUUGGGAUAUUUUUAAAUGAACUGAAGAGGAAAUUAUUAGCUAAUAGACUGGCAGCACGCUGUAAAAUUAUUACUGUAUUGUGUACUGGCUAUAAGAUGUAGAAUCUUUCAGUAAGCCAAUCAUCUGUAAUCAUCCUAGCAGUGUAAUAUUAGGUUGUUAAGGCUGCUGUGUUUUAAAGGGCAUUUUUAUUUGGGUUUUGGUGAAAUACUUUAAUUUGUUGAUUAUAUUCAUAUGGAAACAGCAUUCAUUGAUAAUAGCUCUAAUUACAUAUGUAUGAAAACAACAAACACUGGAUGAUCUAGUUGAUUAUUUAAGCAUAAAAUAAAUUGUGUUAAAACUCUUGGA